AUGGCUGAUGAAAAUCGGUGUCCGAUUACAACGUCAAAUAAUACUACAUGUAGUGCCAAUCAUGAAGUAUCGAAAGAGCAGCAAAUGGCUUAUGGCUCGAGUCCAGUAAUAUAUCGACCGUAUAAUCUACCUCAAUCUUAUGUAUGUGUUCAACUUACACCAAAUAGUCAAAUCGUCAAUCAAUAUCCACCAAAUAGUAUGGUAACUCAACAUCAACUUUAUCAGCAACAAGUACCAUCAACUAUUAACGUUCCAUCUGCGUAUGUACAACAAGCGAUGUUACAUUCCAACAUGAAUCCAUAG